AUGGAAACAACUGAUUUAAAGGUAGGGGAUUCUGACUAUAUAGCAACAAAGACAGCUGAGCUCAAGGAAUUCUUUAAAGAUGCAAAAUUCCCUAAAUCUGUUAUUGAUAAAGCUAUUGAAAAUGAACUUAAACCAUUAAUUCAAGGCGUUAAUGUAGAUAGACCUUAUAUAGCUGCUUCAGCAUCAGGAACUGUGAAGUCAGAGUAUGAGGUCAUGACAGGACAACCGUUUACUAACGUCGAAGAUCAUAGUAAGCCAUUAACCUCGGAACAAAUAAAAGAAUUGGUGAAAGAUAGCCCAAUCAUAGCAGAAAAAGCCCGUCAGAUUCAAAUUGUAAUUAAUCAUGACUCUCUUAAUAAUGACAUUGCGGUUCCAUUAGAUCAGGUCAAUAUAUCAAAGUACGAUGAUAUUCAAUCAGAACUCGACUCAUCAGUUGGUGAUGCUGCCAAACAGAAUACAAUCAAAUACAGAAAUAUGCAGGUCUUGAUGAAUGCUGCAGCCGCUUAUAGAUCUAAAAGUCAAAUAUUCAAAACACAGACUAUUAACGAAGAAAAUAUAUCUAAUGAUUCUGAAUCAAACGAUGAAAGAGAGUUUGACGCUAUAGAUAAAGUUGUGACAGAAUGUACCAAUAAGUCUUACGAAACAAGAUAUCAAGAAACCAAGGAAAUGUUGCAGCAAUUGGCUGACAAGCACGAAGACCCCAAUGAAAUAAAUAAAAGUGAAAGAUAUCCCCGUAAGCUGCAAAUAGAGGAAAAUAAAAUUUUGAAGGAAUCGUCAUAUUGUUUAGUGCGUGGUCCGAAAAUAGACUCUUCCUUAGAAGGAAUCAAAGAAAGUUAUGCUAUUAAUGAUGCUUUAAAUAUACCUAUGAAGGAUAAUCCAAUCAAACUUGACCUUAGUGGCGAAUUCAAAAAUAAAAUAGAUUCUGAACGACCGGUAUGCAUUGAUAAAAGUAAUGCAGAGGAUUGCAGCCCGAAAAAUUUUGAACUAAAACUUAAAGCAACUGAAAAAGUUCUUAACGAUAUAAAUUGUAUUUUAAGUAAAGAUGAGCAUUAUAGUAACGAAAAUAAUCGCGACGAAACUAAAUCCUUAAGCUGUAGCUUUAAACAAACAGAUUCAGUACUAUCACUUCAAAAUAAUAGUUGUAAUUCAAGGCAGGCAAACAAUCAUAGAGUAAAAUUUGAUGAAAACAUGGAAAGAUCUUUACACAAUACACUGGAGAAUAUUUUUGAAAUCGGUAAGAAUGAAAACGCUGAAAACAAUGAGCUUGAAUUUAGGGAGAUGAAAAAUCUUGCUCGUAAUAUUGUUGAAGGUGCUGAAAAUCUAAACACACUUAUUAAAGAAGAUAUAACUAAUAAAUUAAACAGCAUGAAUGAGUUAUUAAACGGUGUUAACGAAGCUUUAGAAAAUUCUAGAAAAUCUAAUCUCGCUUACCAGAAAUUAAAAGAAGGGAAUGAGAUUGAUAGAAAACAUAGAGCAAUUACUGAAAAUGAUACGCAAGAGAUCGUAAAUAAUAUUGAGAAUGAACCUAAAUCUUCUUCUCAUUUAGAAAUAAAUGACAUUCACAAUGCAAUAAAUAAGUUAAAUGAUGAAAUAAAAUGUCACGAAAGUAGAAUUAAUACAAGUAAGGCAAAUUAUGAAAGUAGAAAUAAAGAAUGUAAGGACUUCCUCAAAGACCUAGACGAGGUCCUACAAAAAUCACAUAGUAUUUUGCACCCAAAAUCAACCAAUUUUAAUGGAGGUAAUUCUGAUAAAAUGGAAAGUAAGUGUCUAUUGCAAAUAGACGAAAGUGAUAAAGUAGAUGAAAGUAUUAAUUGUGAUGUCGUAAAAAGAGACGUAGGACACAAAGAUCUAGAAAAGAACAGAAAGAUUGACAGACUUUUAUAUGACAUAAAAGAUAAAAUGAAAGACAAUAAGGAAGUUUUACGUCUUGCUAAUAAUUUAUUGAGACGGGAAGAGAACAAAAAAAAUAGUACAAAUCAAAGCGUAUCAGUUGUGGAAACAGAUGAUAAAGCCAAAGGAGAUUACGUAAGAAAAGAUGAAUUAUUACACAAAAACGACAGCGACAAAGACGACAAAAUAUUGGAAGAAAAGAAUGAAAAGCAAAGACAGUUUCAGUCAAAGAUUGAUAAAGAAUUAGAAGAACAAGAUAGAGGACCUCGAAUGACAAAAGAACUUAUUAAAAAUCUUUGCAAGCAACACAAAUUGUACAGCACUCCUUAUCUUAACGAUAUACUUUACUUACACUUUAAGGGAUUUCCAAGAAUAGAGAAUUUAGAAGAAUACACUGGUUUGAAAUGCAUAUUUUUAGAAAAUAAUGGUAUUCAAAAAAUUGAAGGCUUAGAUACGCUCUCUGAACUGAAAUGUCUCUAUCUACACUAUAAUAUAGUGAGGAAGAUUGAAAAUCUAAAUGGCUGUCCUAAGCUAAAUACAUUGAAUUUAGACCAUAAUUUCGUAACGAAAAUUGAAAAUUUGGACGUUGUUCCCGAUCUACAAACGCUGAGUAUUAGUCAUAACAUGUUGAGCAGUAUCGAUGAUUUGAAUGAUUUGCGAUUUUGCAAGAACCUAUCAGUUUUAGAUUUAUCCUACAAUCGUUUGGAGGAUCCGAUAAUCGUCGAUGUGUUAGCUGAUAUGGCGGUAUUAAAAGUGUUGGUGUUGACUGGAAAUCCGGUGGUGCGCAAUAUCCCUGCGUAUCGCAAGACGCUAACACUCCGGCUGUUGGAGCUGCUCAACCUGGACAAUCGUCCCGUGUUUCCGCGUGACCGGGCCUGUGCUGAGGCGUGGCGCCGCGGUGGCGUUCAGGAGGAAGUCGCAGAAAGGCGCCGGUGGAUAGCAAAAGAUCAAGAGAAGGUUAUGCAGAGCGUACGUUAUUUGAUCAAGAUGCGCGACGAAAACAAGGCUAAGCGAGAAGCUCGAGAACUUCUCGAGCAAGAGAAAACGAGUCUUCUGGCAAUAGAGAAUAAGGAUAAUGAAAUUGAUUCAAAAGAAAACAUUGAUGGAAUUAAAGUUAACGAAAUAAAUACAGAAGAAAAGGACGUUAAAUCAAAUUCUGACGUCAUUGAAGAUACGCUGACAGAUUCUGAAACUGAUGACACUACGAGUGAAAGUGACUCCAGCGACAGUGACAAAGAUUCAAAAGAUCCAGAAACUAGUAAAAUUGAAUGGUCACAAAUCGAUCAAGGCAAGCGAUUAGUCCAGGAGCUGAAGGAGGAACAAAGUUGUGAAGAUCAGUGGACUGGGUUCAAUAUAGGCCCUAAUUCUGGCGAUAGAAACACUUCUACUGAUUUAAACGCUAUAAGUAAUUUGCUAUUUAAUCAAACGCCACAUGUGGAAAGGAAAGGAACCUCUGAGAUAAUAAAAGAAAGCAUUGAACAAUCCAAGCAGAAAACUAAAAGUGACGAAAAUCUACUAAAGACUAAAGAAUCAGUUGAAACAAAUGAAAGAAAGCCUCUGAUUGAAAUAAUCGAAGAAUAUAAUAAAAGAUCUCAAGAAAGUGAAAGAAAUAAAGGGCUUAAUAAAGUUACAAUAAAAGAAGUAAAAACUGACAGUACCGGAGAUCAAGACUGGAAAGAGAAAUUGAGUAAUAAAAAAAUAUUAAUUACAGAAGUUAAUAAUGAUAAUAUGGCAGAGGUAAAAACAGAUGAUAUCAAUCAUGGUAACGUUAAAGAAGCAGACCGAGGAAGUGAUAACGAAGUCAGUCUGCCCCAUGCAAGUCAACAACAAAUUACUGAAAUAACUACUACUAGUGAACUAGGUACAAGUGACAGUGACGGUGUAGCUUUCCUAAAAUACAUGCAUCGAAUGAAUUCAAAAGCUAGUGACGAUAACCUGGAUUUGGAACCAAGUGCUGAAGAUUUAGAAAUAUUCGAAGAACUUGAAAAGGAACAGGUGGAAAGAGAGGCUAGGAUUGCACGAGGAGAACCUGCCGUUGAUCCAAUGAAGCUGUACGAUGAGAAGAUAAUGCAAGAGUUCCACAAGGGGCAAGAACCAACACCCGCUCAUGCACUCGAAGAGAAGAAUUUCGUGACAAAAUACGAUCACUGCAAUGCUUUCGACAGGGUCGCUCUCAGUCAGCUCACAUGUGGCAAACCACCAGAUAAUAGCAAAGUUAAGAUAACUCAUAUACCAGGAGCUGUGCUAUACCAAAAUAUUGAGAAACAGUUACCAGUUCCAGAACUACAAUAUGACAUUGGCGAUGAAGUAAUAGAGUCUGGUCCUUCAUCGGCUGACACUGAAUCAGUAUAUAUAUCAAAUGAAUCAGAUGCAAUUAGCUCUGAAAGCGAUAUAUUAGAAUCACCUAAGUCAAGAAAUAAACAAUUUGUACAAAAAAAUCUUAGAGGUUAUAAAACAAAAGAUAAUAAUUGUGACGUAGAUGGUGAAGCAGAUCAACUCAAUGAUGAAAAUUCACGAAGAGGUGAUGAGUGUCAUUCCACUUAUGAAACAUUAGGUAAUAUGGAUAGUGAUGAAGCCAAACAGUCGAUUAUUGACGCGAUUAAUUCUUAUGAAGACAACAGAUUCCCAUCGCAAGGUGUUAAUUAUUCUGAUAUGGCACAAAACGCACGCAUAGAAGACUCUGUGGCUACAGAAAUUCUAAAGAAAACAAUAAAAUAUGAGGAACAAGAAAUGUAUAAGCAGUUGGACGUAGUGACGUCGUACGCUAGUAGAGUCGAUAAUAGCACGAAUGCUAUAAUUGAAAAAAUAUCUGACGAGUUGGAAAAUGAGUACACUUUGCCAGAAGUGUCGCGUAUACUUGAAACUCAUAUAGAAGAAGAGGAAAUACACCAGCGUACUUUAAAAUAUGUCAAUUAUAUUCCAUCGCCGACUGAAUCCUUAGCCGAUGAUAAUGAAAAUACUUUAGUGCUGAGUCAAGAUAUUUCAUUAGAAGACACAUUGACGGAAGAAAAUGAACAAGGAAAGGCGUCAGAAGCGAACGAUUCAGGUAUCUGUAACGAGUCUAUGGAUACAGAGAAAGUUAAUGAUGAAAUAAAACAUCAAAUUAAACAUACUGAUAAUAUCGAAGUAAGUAAUGACGAGAUGAAAUCGGAACUGAGUGAAACGCAAAUGGUUGACGUGUCAGCUGACGAUGAGAUAUUCGUAGACUGCGAAGACGAUGUCAAUGAUUUGGCGGAAAAAGUAAAGAAAUGUGACCCAGUUGAAAACUAUUCGUUGGAAAUGAAAUUGGCACUUGGACUUAGUAAGGAUUAAUGUAUUGUAUUAGCUGUGAAGGUCGUUUAUUUUUGGCAAUUUAAUUUUGUUUGCUUUAAUGGGUUAAUUUAUUUGUUUAAUAAUUAUGUCACGAUGUUCACGU